AUGUGUGCUCCAGUCCAACAUGUCGGCCCCGAUGCAUGCUUCAGGACCGUUGCAUCGGCGGCCGUCUGGCUGUGUUUGAACAGCGGAAAGCACGGCUCCCGGCAACUGUCUGCCGAUGCACACGACGGGUUGGGAUCGACGAGUGUUUACCGUCGACAGACGAACUCCCGCACCGGCCCAGCGACCAGUUCGGAGACGAUGUUCAGAAUUUCACGACCACUGACCACGGACGAUUUUGUCUAA